AUUGCCGGAGCAUCAAGCGAAGGCGGGAGGCGGGAUGGCAGGGAGUACAAGGCGUACGAGGGAAGGGGAGGGCAGGCAUGAAAGAACAAGAGAGAGACAGAGAGCGAGAGAGAGACAGAGACGGGGACAGGGUCGGGAAUCUGGAAGGGAGAGGUGGAGCGAAGGCAGUGACUGAGAGGUUGAUUCGGAUUCAAGUUAUGAUGAUUCGUUUGUGAGGAGGGCGACGAACUUUCUUUUGCUGGCGAGGGACGGGGCAGCGCGGGGAGGGCAGGGGAGGGGAGGGAAAUUGUGCCUUUGUAGAGAGGAUGUUCAGGAAAAGCGGAGGAGGAGGAGGAGUAGGAGCAGAGGCAGUGGCAUCGAUUGGAGACAAGAGUGGAGAAAAAGAAUAGUCGAGAGGGAGGAGAAUUCCUCUAGUGGAACAUGGCUCGGUGAGGAAGCCAAUUGCGCUGUGAUUUCGAUCCCAGAGAUUGAGAGAUUGUGUGCGGAGGACGGCGAUGUGGAAAGUGUGGUGGAUUGCUUCAGUUGCAGGACCAACGGGACGAGCAAGGAACGUUCCAUUUCUGCUCUAGACUUGGUAGAUGCGCUGUCGCUUUGAAGUAUGGGCUCUUCUAAGCAUUGCAGCUGGACUAGUGGUCUCCGGCUCUACUAUUGGAGCGUGUUCUGGAACUCCAAGGCUGCCUCGCCAAUUCCUUAGAUUGAUCGCUGACCGUCCCUUCUGUGAGCCAGAUUUGAUGUGAUUCACACACUACAUCGAAGUUGGGCAAGGGAGAAUAGCGAUUACAGUGUAGCUCUUCGGAGGCGAUUAGAAGGAUUGCCCAUCAUGAAAACAGUGAAGACGAUCUUGAUUCAAGAAUAUGAGUAUCCUCACGAACACUCUCGUCAUGCCAUCUUUGCGGUGUUGGCGACAUCCCUGUUCUUCAUCUCAACUGACAACAUGCACACACUUGUGCACAAGCUGGACAAGAAUAUCAAAUGGUGGUCAAUUUACGGGUUUCUUUUAGGCUUCUUCUAUUUCUUCUCGUCGCCUUUCUUUGGGCGAACAAUCCAGCCAAGUUAUUCCAACUUCAGUCGUUGGUAUGUCGCGUGGCUACUUAUUGCUGCUGUUUAUCACCUCCCAAGCUUUCAUACGAUGGGAGUAGAUAUACGCAUGAACUUGUCACUUUUCUUGACAUUGUUCCUUGCCUCGGUCCUUGCUCUACUGGCAUUCCACAUCACAUUCUUGGGUCUUUGGUACAUUGGGGUAGCUGCCCGGCUAGCAGGAAAACGACCUGAGAUUCUAACUAUUCUGCAGAACAGCACCGUGUUGAGUAUAGCAUGUUGUGUAUUUUACAGUCAUUGUGGUAAUACAGCCGCCUUGAAAGCCAAAGCAAAGUCAAUGGGCCGACAGUGGUCAAGCAGUCUACUGUUCGAAGAUGCGCGAAGUUGGAACCUGACAAGUUGGGGAGGCUGGCCCCAAAUGCAAGAAGUGAAAGAGCAAGUCUGCAACAACUGGCUUGGUCCAGUAGGAUCAGCUCGCGAUUAUCCCGUCUUUUCGAAGUGGGUGCUUUACGGGGAGAUGGUGUGCAAUGAGGCUUGUGUCGAUGCUUCAGACAACAUAUCUCCCGUUUAUUCUCUGUGGGCCACUUUCAUCGGGCUUUAUGUAGCGAAUUACGUCGUGGAGCGGUCAACCGGUUGGGCUCUGACUCAUCCAGACCCUGAUCCUGAGAAACUUCAGCAAAGCACAGAAACAACGCCGGAGUUUCUCGAUAUGGUGCCGUGGUACUCUGGGACUUCUGCUGAUUUGUUCAAGACUGCAUUCGAUCUUUUGGUGUCUGUGACAUUAUUUGUUGGCCGUUUUGACAUGCGAACGAUGCAGGCAGCAAUGACUCAAGCACAACAAAAUGGUAAUAAGGAAGGUCCCUUGUACAGCCACUUCAGUGUGAGAAAAGAACUUUGGUUUGACUUCAUGGCAGAUACUGGUGAUGGUGGGAAUUCUACGUACAGCGUUGCCCGGCUGCUAGCCCAGCCUUACUUAAGGGUGCCUGAUAAAGACAAUCAUUAUCGGACCCUUCCCAGAGGCAACUUGAUGAUCGUGGGUGGUGAUUUGGCAUAUCCCAAUCCUUCUAGAUUCUCCUACGAAGAGCGAUUUUUUCGGCCAUUUCAGUACGCUUUACAGCCACCUCAUUGGUAUAGACCUGAGCACAUUGCUGUCCAGAAACCGGAACUUCCAGCUGGUGUUGCUUCGUUACAACAAUAUGAUGGGCCUCAAUGUUUUGCGAUCCCCGGAAAUCAUGACUGGUUUGAUGGGCUAGAUACAUUUAUGAGGUACAUCUGUCACAGGAGUUGGCUUGGUGGCUGGUUGAUGCCACAGGAGAAGAGCUAUUUCGCAAUGCAGCUUCCUCAUGGAUGGUGGAUAUUUGGUCUUGAUCAGGCUCUCCAUGGAGACAUUGAUGUCUUCCAAUUCAAAUAUUUUGUUGAUAUCAUAAGCAGCAAGAUCAAAGAAGAUGACUCUGUUGUUGUAAUCACGCAUGAACCAGCCUGGCUUCUAGAUUGGUAUUGGGGUGGAUCCACAGGAAAGAAUGUUGCACAUUUGAUCAAAGACCAUCUAAGAGGACGUUGUCGCCUUCGCAUGGCCGGAGAUUUGCAUCAUUAUAUGCGUCAUUCUGCAAUUCCAUCAAAUAGCACACCAGCUGUUCAGCACCUUAUUGUAAACGGCUGUGGAGGCGCCUUUCUCCAUCCUACGCAUGUGUUCGCUGGCUUUAAGCAGUUCCAAGGAUCAUCUUACGAGAAGAUGUCUGCGUAUCCAUCCAUUCCCGACUCUAGGAAGAUUGCCUUGGGCAACAUCCUGAAGUUUCGGAAGAAGAACUGGCGCUUUGAUGUUAUUGGAGGUGUCGUCUACUUCAUUCUGGUUUUCUCCAUGUUUCCGCAGUGUCAUUUGGAGAAAGUGCUGCGAGAGGAUGACUCAAUGAUGGGACAUAUUCAACAAUUUUGGAGUGUGAUGGGCCAUGCAUUCGUGGACAUGCUGGAGGAUUCUUACGUUUCUGUCGCAGGUUUCUCCACCUUGCUGUUUCUAUCCAUCCUCUUUGUUCCUGUCAAAGUUUCCCGGCGAAAGCGGGUUGUUAUCGGUCUGCUCCAUGUAGGGGCUCAUCUCACCGCUGCUAUGAUGCUCAUGCUGCUUCUAGAACUAGGAAUCGAGACGUGCGUCCGACAUCAACUUCUAGGGAAUACUGGCUAUCACACUCUAUAUGAUUGGUAUCAUUCUAAGGAGAAUGAGCACUUUCCUGAUCCAACUGGCUUGAGAGCUCGCAUUGAGUUUUGGACCUUCGGUCUUUAUCCAGCGUGCAUCAAGUAUCUCAUGGCAGCUUUUGACAUACCAGAGGUUAUGGCCGUGACUCGGAGCAACAUUUGCAAGAAUGGUUUGGACACAGUUCCUAGGGGUUUUGUUCUGGCGUACUAUGUGUCGGUGUUCCUUUACUACUGGGUCUUCUCCACUCCAGUUGUGUCUUUGGUUUUCGGCAGCUACUUGUAUUGCUGCAUCAACUGGUUUCAUCUUCAUUUUGAUGAAGCAUUUUCCUCCUUGCGAAUAGCCAACUAUAAAUCCUUUUCCCGCUGCCACAUAACCGCCAAGGGAGACCUUGAAGUGUACACACUUGCAGUAGACAAGGUACCGAAGGAGUGGGCUUUGGAUCCUCAUUGGGAGGCUGAACAAGCGACGCAGAGAGGGGCGGUUUCUCAUAGUCUGGAGUACCCAAGUCAGUGGACACCGGUAGGUCUUUACAAAGAAAGGAACUGUAAUGUACGCGUCAUUGAUCAUUUCGUCAUUGAAAGAUUGCCCGUCGCUAAAAGCCUUCCCAAUUAACACACGAUUCUUUACGGCCUUCGAUAUCUAUCGAGUAACACACGAGCCAUGGUUCUCCCGCCCACCUGUACAGAUAAUGCAGUAGUAGAAAAAACUCUCGAUUCGAAAUGAUGGUAGGGGGAACUGCAAUUUUCAUCCCGUGUUGUCCCCACCUAUUAGAAAUGGUCUGCGUUAUCAGAAGAUAGAACUAGGACGACAGUGAUAAACGUUUGAAUCAACAUGAUGGGUACAUGUACAUUUACACCGAUGUUGGGUUCCAUCUCGUGGAGGAACUUCCCUAGUGCUGUUUCAAGGUUAGGGUCUAAAGGGCUCCGACCCCCACUUAAAAGGCUCGCGCUCGAUGGGCUCAACUCAGGGAAUGAUAUUAAUGUAAAAUAUUCUGCUGAGCUAGUUUCUAAAGCGAACUGACUCGUAGAGGAACUCAACUUGGAGGCAGAAUGUGACGAGCGAGAGGAAAUGCUGCCUUCUAUGACAGUUGCAUCCACAAGUGUUCCCUUCUUUGCUACCACAAUUUUUACCAGUUAAUUGUACUCCGGUAAUUGGAUAAAUAAUCUGCAAACUCAUGGCAGUUUCAGUUUGG